CGUUGAAUAGUUGCUGGGAAAGCAUGAAUACGAAGUGUCGUUUGUGUUUGUGCUCAGUAGGUAAGCAUGCACAAUUCACUGCUUCUCUACACGACGAUGGUUUUUGCGAAAUGCUCAAAAUCGUGUUUCGUUUUCCGCUUCCGACGAAACAAAUAAUCUCUGGUAAGAAUUUCAACUUACCAGUAACGGUGUGUCCGCAAUGCUCUACUAGCGUGCGAAAUUUUUAUAGUUUCACCAGGCUAACGGAAGCUAACCAGAAAAAACUGCAAACAGAAUGUCCGGUUACAGCUGGAGUUUCAUUCGACGAGCUCCUACUGCAAGCAAAAACGGAACCAGAUGAUAUUGUCGUGAAUCAUGAUGAUGUACCACCCCUGUUGAUGUGGAACAUUUCUUCCAAGAAUCAAUCAGAUCACGAGUCAAAUUUGAUAACAAGGAAUACAUCCAAGGAAAACAGUAGUCAUUCGUUCAGUUCAGCCAACCAAGUAUCGCGAGAAUGCUCUGUGGAAAACCCAUCAUACGGGUGUGUAGAUGAGGAAGAAGUCACCGAGAGUAUUUUAGGAGUGGAAAGACGCAUCAAUAUGAUUUCAACUAAAAUGGAUAAGCUACUAAACAGCAUAGCAAGCAGAAGCAAUAAGCAUUCACCCCGUAGUUCGUCUUUCAAAUUCACUGCACUUAAUUCGGAAGGCGAGCUUACAUCUUUUGAAGAUCGUUUGCAACAAAAAGAGUACAAGGAAAAUGUCCUCGGCUGGCUUGAUGCCAAUAUCAAUGCAGUCAACAGUGGCAAACGUAUGAGUAAAGCACUAGACCUGUUGUUUAGUAGAAAGUUUUUUGCCCAAUGCAGUUGGACAGGGAGAUCCCACAAAUCCUACGGGUUUAAGGUCGAAAUUGGUAACCGCACCAACGUACUGGAAUUAUUCAGGCUCAUUGGAAGCACAAACAUAUGCAGCAUCAACGAACGGCUGCUGAAACGUUUUUUCAUCCAAAAGACUAAAAAUUCAAAACCGAGAAUUCAUUUAAAACCUCGACCAUGAAAAUCAUUGUCAAAUCAUCAAAUAAAAGUUAUAAACCCUUUUCGAAAUCAUCUUUUUUAUUGAAAAACACCACGAUAAGAAAUUUGCGACAGUUGCAUGGUUAAAUUCUUAAUCUAAACAUAUUGAGACUAUGUACUGCAAGCC